CUGGACUUGUCUUUGUAAUAGGCCUGUGAAUGCGUAAGAGACAAACAAGAUGGCGAACAACAGAAGAGGUGUCGGGCUAUCUGCCUUUUCACGCAACGCUCUCACUUCAGACCAUUAUGCCUCACAUGGCGCCGCAUUACGCUCUGCACAUGCCGACUCGCUAGCAAAUCAGCUUUCAGUAUUCCAAGCGGCUCUGCAUUCCUUCUCUAUCACUCAUGGAGCUGAGAUCCGUUCCAAUCCAACUUUCAGAGCCGAAUUUGCUCGCAUGUGCAAUGCCAUCGGCGUCGACCCACUUGCUAGUUCGAAUCACAAGACGUCCAAAGGCGGCAAAAACGAAGGUGGUAGCUUCUGGUCACAGAUGCUCGGAGGCAGUGUCAACGAUUUCUACUUUGAGCUGGCUGUCAGAGUUGUCGAGGUCUGUCGCGAAACUCGAUCAGAGAACGGUGGCAUGAUUGAAGUGCCCCAAGUCCGGAAACGAGUCGAAAAGGGAAGAGGCAUCGGCGGAGGACUUCAAGUGUCUGAGUACGUAGUCGCACACCCUACUAAGCCUUCUAUACUAAUCAUACCAUUCAGUGAUGAUAUCCUCCGUGCCGUCAAAUCACUGGAACCCCUGGGUUCUGGCUUCACUGUCAUGAAAAUCGGCUCAAAGCAGAUGAUCCGGUCUGUUCCGAAGGAACUCAACACUGAUCAGUCGACUGUCCUUGAGGCUAUCCAAGUCCUUGGAUAUGUGACCGUUUCCAUGCUCCAACUCAACCUAGGCUGGGAGCGUGCACGAGCCGUUGCUGUGAUCGAUGAUCUUGUGGCUGACUCUCUGGUAUGGGUAGAUGCCCAAGCAGACGAGAAAGAAUAUUGGAGUCCGGCGCUGAUGCAUGAGAUCGGUGGCGAUUGAACCGCCUUUGAUCAAGACCAUAUCCAAUCAGCACCAACGCCUUCGCCAGCUACGCAAGAGGUUCCACGCUCACAGGUGUCUUCUCGAGAGACUCGUACAAUUGAAUCAGACUUCCGAUCAAGAAUGCCCAUGACCCCCAGAAGGUCGAGCAUGAUGCCUGGUAUUGUGCCCA